AUGGGAACUUGGGCCGAAGUUCCAGAAGACCUACUCGUUCUAACUGCUAAACAAGUAACUCUCUUCUUCAAAGAUUUUGUCUCUUUCAGUGGAAUUUGUAGAUCACGGCAUUCUGUUGCAAUCAACGACAAUUUCGAGGGAUCUGAACACAUCCCAUGGCUUAUGCUCUCUGAUAAAGACAAACCCGACGAGCGUCAAUUUAUUAGUCCAAGAAAAGAUGGUGUUAUUCGCACAGUCAAUCUACCAGAAGCAAGAGGAAAACGAUGCCUAGAGAGUUUGGGUUGGUUAGUUACACUAGCCGAAGAUGGUGAGAUGAAUCUACUCCAUCCUUUCAAUGACUACCACUUUAGAAGCUUGUACAAACAUCCGAGUUUCAUACAUAAGGCUGUCUUGUCUUCACGCCCAGAGGAGAGCAAGGAUUACGUUCUCGUGGUUUUGCAUGGAAACGUCGGACAUCUUGGUUUUUGGAGACCUGGCGAUAAGUCCUGGACCGACGUCGAAGUCCCUAUACUAGGCUUCUGUGAUAUCAUUUUUCAUGAGGGACUACUUUAUGGGGUCAUGGGACAUGGCAUGGUUUUGGCUUUCGACGUUUUGGGGCCUAACCCGACUCGGCCAUGGUUUGGUCUAGGCAUACCGGACAUAUGCUUUGGGUUUCGAGUAUUCAAAGCUGCUUCAAGCACAAAUGAAUGGGUGGAGAUAAUGAGGUUAGGCGACAAUGCCCUGUUCUUGGGUGAGAAUGCUUCCAUCUCCGUUGAUGCUUCUAGAUUUCUAGAGAUAAAGGCUAAUUGUAUCUAUUACACCGACAACUUUUGGAAUUUUUAUCAGCGAGGAGGUGUAAACACGGGUAUCUAUAGCUUGGAAGAUGGAAGCAAAAGUCCUUGCUAUGAAGAGGAGUACUCUUUUAAUCCGAUAUGUCCACCUUUGAGGCCUCAUUCAAGAGGUUUGCUUCACGCCUCCAAAACUUAUGACCCGACCCUAGGUUUCUCGGUGGCUUUGGGAUCCGGGAGUGUGAUGGGAUCGGACAGUGCGGGUCUUCGGUCUCCUCUGUGUCCGGUGGUUUUGGAUCUUGUCUUUGACAGGGGGUUUUGUGGUGGUGGUGGGCUGCUUGUUGGGGGUGAUGGCUGUUGGAGGUGUGCCGCGGCAGUGGUGUUCCAAUGA